AUGGAUGCAAAAGUAGGAGAUCUUGGGUACACUUUUGAACAUUCAGCUGAACAAAGGAAAAGGGAAGAAGAAAGGGAUAAGGACAUGGCACACAUGAGGACCCAAAUAGAUCUACUCACGAAGCAUAUUAUUUCAAAGUCUAAAAAGGUAAAUGCUGUGGGACAGCUAAACAGAAACGCAGGUCGGAACUACUCUAGAGAAGGACAAUAUGAUAGGCCAGCAAACAGAGAGCAGGGAAAAUGGCAAAACAGAGAUAGGUACAUAAAUGAUCGAAGUGGUGUGUAUGUGUCCCCAGGAGUGAAGGAGAUGAAAGGUGAUUUCUCCAGUAUGAGUCAACUGGUAGACUCUCACACCACCUCCAUCAAGCAAAGUGAGCAGCAGUUGGGGCAACUUUCAGCCUCAUUAAAUCAGAGGAAGAAUGGGUCACUACCAAGUGACACGAUCCAAAAUCCUAAGAUGGAUGGGCAUUGCAUGGCUAUCGCCCGCAGGAGUGGUAAGAUUCUUAAUGACCCAAUUUAUGUAGGUACUAAACAUGAGCAGGUGUUGGAGCAAGGUGGAAGAGAAGAGGAUGAAGCUGAACAAGUAGAUGAAUUGGAGGAUGCUCAACCAAUAGCAAAACCAGCAGGAGCAAAAAGAAAAAGAGAACUAAAGCAGAUGCCAAGAUAUGCCAAGUUCAUGAAAGACUUGGUCACAAAGAAAAGAGCUAUAAGUAUUGAUUUGACUGAUAAUGUUCAGCACUGUAGUGCUAUUGCUACCGGGAGCCAGUAUAAACUUGAUGCUGCUGGCCAUCUACAAGCAAUUGGGGUUACAAUGAUGGCAGCGAUAGAGGUUUUUGAUGAAGAAGAGAUUGGAGCAACCAUUGAGGAAAGGCUGGCUGUUGAAACAUUAACAGCCGUUUUGAUGAACUUUGAAGCUGAUUUUCGGUCUGACUAUGUAGAGACCGUGAAUGCUUUGCAGGUAAUGGGAGCACACGCUUAUGCUCCAAAGAAACUGGACUUGGAUUUGAAAAAUAGGCCAAGUCCUCCAGCAAAACCAUCUAUUGAGGAGCCACCUGUGCUGGAACUGAAACAGUUACCCAGUCACCUGAGCUACAACCAGAAAUCAAUUGCUCCUGAAGAUCAGGAAAAGACCACCUUUACAUGUCCUUAUGGCACCUUUGCAUUUAAACGCAUGCCAUUUGGACACUGUAAUGCACCAACAACUUUCCAGAGGUGUAUGAUGUCUAUCUUCUCGGACAUGGUGGAGGACACUCUGGAGGUCUUCAUGGAUGACUUUUCAGUGGUAGGCAUAGUCCUUGGGCACAAGGUGUCACAAAAGGGAUUAGAGGUCGACAAGGCCAAAAUUGAGGUUAUUGAAAAGUGGUCUCCGCCUAUCUGUGUGAAGGGUGUUCGAAGUUUCUUAGUACUUGCUGGAUUCUAUAGGCGUUUCAUCAAGGAUUUCUCAAAAAUUGCACACCCAAUGUGCAAGCUUUUGGAGAAGGAGGUGAAUUUUUUUUUUGAUGAGGCAUGUCUCAAAGCCUUUGAAUGCCUAAAGGAGAAGCUGAUUUUUGCCCCAAUGAUCAUUGGCCCAGAUUGGGCUGAGCCAUUUGAGGUAAUAUGUGAUGCUAAUUGUAUUGCUUUAGGAGUUGUAUUGGGGCAGAAGCGCAACAAGAUGUUUCAUCUGAUUUACUAUGCUAGUAAGUCACUAAAUGGAGCCCAGCGAAACUACACAGUUAAGGAUAGGAAAGGUUGUGAUAACCAGGUGGUUGAUCACCUGUCUAGGUUGGAGGCUGAAAAGAAAGAGGAACUCGAGCUUGAAAUAAAUGAUUCAUUCCUGGAUGAGCAGGUAUUAGCCUCUACUCUUGAUCUCAUUCCUUGGUUUGCUGAUUUUGCUAACUUUCUUGUUAGUGAUUUGAUGCCUGAGGGGCUGACAUUUCAGCAAAGGAAGAGGUUCCUACAUGAUGUAGGUAAGUAUUUCUGGGAUGAACCUUAUUUGUACAAAGUAUGUGCUGACAAUAUCAUUAGGCGAUGCAUCCCUGAAGCAGAGAUGUUGCCCAUUCUAGAGGCAUGUCACUCCUCUCCAGUAGGUGGCCAUCAUGGAGGUGCUCAGACAACCCACAAGAUACUGCAAUGUGGGUACUACUGGACUGGCCCAUAA